AUGCUUAGAUCCUUCUCCAAACAGUUCCCAAAGCACUCUGUUCUGAGAAACUCCUUCAAGUCUCUCACUGUGAAGAGAUACUUAAGUCAAGACACCUUCCUUCAGGGAAAUAAUGCCUCAUAUGUUGAUGAAAUGUAUGAAGCUUGGUUACAAGACCCUAAGUCCGUUCAUAUUUCCUGGGAUGCUUAUUUCAAAAACCUAAAUGGCUCAAGACCUGCUUCUCUAGCUUAUCAGGCACCUCCAACUAUCAUUCCAACUCCAGUUGGUUCUUUAUCAAUGGUUCCUGAUUCAAAUACUGUCCAAGGUGAAGAUGUCAUGACCCAUUUGAAAACCCAACUACUUGUUAGAGCAUAUGAAGUUAGAGGUCAUUUGAAGGCCACAUUGGAUCCUUUGCAUGUCUCCUUUGGUGAAUCCAAAUCCCAUCCUUCUCCAAAAGAAUUAACUUUAGAAUAUUACAACCUCUCUGAAAAUGAUCUUGAGAAGGAAAUCACCUUAGGUCCUGGUAUCUUACCAAAAUUCAAAGAUCAUGGUAUUAAAUCUAUGAAAUUAAAGGAUAUCAUCAAUUACUGUGAAAAAAUCUAUUGUUCCAACUAUGGUAUCGAAUAUAUCCACAUUCCUUCAAGAGAAAAAUGCGAUUGGUUGAGAGAAAAGAUUGAAAUUCCAACUCCUUACAAGUUUUCUCCAGAUCAAAAGAGACAAAUUUUGGAUAGAUUGAUGUGGGCAUGUGAAUUUGAAAACUUUUUAUCCACUAAAUAUCCAAACGAUAAGAGAUUUGGUCUUGAAGGUGCUGAAGCGGUUAUUCCUGGUAUGAAAGCUUUAAUCGAUACAGCUGUAGAGGCCGGUGUAGAAGACGUUGUUAUCGGUAUGCCACAUAGAGGUAGAUUGAAUAUGUUAACUAAUGUUGUUAGAAAGCCUGCGGAAGCUAUCUUUAACGAAUUCUUGGGUGUUUCUCUACAAGAAGGUCAAGGUGAAGGUUCUGGUGAUGUUAAGUAUCAUUUAGGUAUGAACUACGCUAGACCAACCACUUCUGGUAAGACUGUCAACCUAUCUUUAGUUGCCAACCCUUCACAUUUAGAAGCUGAAGAUGGUGUUGUUCUAGGUAGAGUUAGAGCUAUUCAACAUGCUAAGAAUGAUGUUGGUGAAUUUAACAAGGCUUUGGGUGUUUUGUUCCAUGGUGAUUCUGCCGUUGCAGGUCAAGGUGUUGUUUACGAAACUUUAGGUUUAGCACACGUUCCUGCAUUUGCAACUGGUGGUACUAUCCAUGUUAUCGUUAACAACCAAAUUGGUUUCACAACUGAACCUCAUCAAGCUAGAUCAACUACUUAUCCUUCAGAUUUUGCUAAGUCCAUCAAUGCACCUGUUUUCCAUGUUAAUGCGGAUGAUGUCGAAUCCGUCGUUUACUUGUUCAAUUUAGCAGCUGAAUGGAGAUCCACCUUCAAGACUGAUGUUGUUUUGGAUGUUGUUGGUUAUAGAAAGUACGGCCAUAAUGAAACCGAUCAACCUUCAUUCACUCAACCUUUAAUGUAUGCCGAAGUUAGUAAAAAGAAACAGGUCUUGGAUAUGUAUAUCGAACAACUGGAAAAAGAAUCAACUUUCACCCAUGAAGAUAUUGAAGAGCAUAAAAAAUGGGUUUGGGAUCAUUUAGAAGACGCUUUCUCCAAGGCUAAAGAUUACAAGCCAGAAUCUAGAGAAUGGUUAACUGCUCCUUGGGAAGAUUUCAAAUCUCCAAAGGAAUUGGCUACUGAGAUUUUACCAGCAUUACCAACUGGUAUCUCUGAAGAUGUCUUCAAUAAGGUUGGUAGUGCUGUUGGUUCUUAUCCAAAUGAUUUUGAUGUCCAUAGAAACUUGAAGAGAAUUUUGAAAAAUAGAUUAAAGUCAAUCGAAUCUGGUGAGGGUAUUGACUGGGCAACCGGUGAAGGUUUAGCUUUUGGUUCUCUAUUAUUAGAAGGUUACCAUUGUAGAGUUAUUGGUCAGGAUGUUGAAAGAGGUACUUUUUCUCAAAGACAUGCAGUUUUACAUGACCAAACCAAUAAUAACCAAUUUGUUCCAUUGAAACACUUAUCUGACGAUCAAGCUGAUUUUGUCAUCAGUAAUUCAACACUAUCUGAAUAUGGUGUCAUGUCAUAUGAAUAUGGUUACUCAUUAACUUCACCAAACUACUUUGUCCAAUGGGAAGCUCAAUUUGGUGACUUUGCAAACACUGCUCAAGUCGUCAUUGAUCAAUUCAUUUCUUCUGCGGAAUCCAAAUGGAAGCAAAGAUCAGGUAUUGUUCUUUCUUUACCUCACGGUUAUGACGGUCAAGGUCCAGAACACUCAUCUGCCAGAAUUGAGAGAUACUUACAACUAUGUAACGAGGAUGCAAGAGGUUAUCCAUCUGAGGAGAAGUUAGAAAGACAAUUACAAGAUUGUAACAUGCAAGUUUGUUAUCCUACUACACCAGCGUCCUUAUUUCAUGUUUUAAGAAGACAAAUGCAUCGUCAAUUUAGAAAACCUUUAAUCUUAAUCUUCUCUAAGCAAUUGUUAAGACACCCAUUAGCUAGAUCUUCAAAGGAAGAAUUCCUUGAAGGUACCCACUUCCAACCAAUUAUUGACGAUGUUGAAUUAGGUAAGACUAUUAAUGACAAGGAAGGUAUUAAGAGACUCGUAUUAUGUUCCGGUCAAGUUUACACCGCACUACAUAAGAGAAGAGCAGAACUAGAAGAUAAAGAGACUGCAUUCGUUAAACUCGAACAAUUACAUCCAUUCCCAUAUGCACAAUUGAAGGAAACCUUACAAUCAUAUCCAAAUGUUGAAGACUUUGUUUGGUGUCAAGAAGAACCUAUGAAUUUUGGUGCUUAUUCCUAUGCAUUGCCAAGAAUUCUUGAAACUCAAAAGGAAGCAGGUUUUACCACUCCAGUCAGAUACGCUGGUAGAAACCCAUCUGCUUCUAUUGCAGCAGGUAACAAGAAGUUACACCAUGCUGAAGAAGUUGCAUUCUUGGCUGAAGUCUUUGGAAAAUAA